UCUGUUUGAAAACUGGGCCCACUGAAUUUAUCUGUAACUGUUCUUUCCUUAUGUACUUAAAAAAUAAUGUUCUAGAAGCGUCUGUGGCAAGUUAGCUGCGUUUUUAGUUUUUGCUUUGCCUUUGGUUGUGACAGAUGGCGAAGUCGAGUGAUUGCACCAGCAAUUAAUUUCAAUAAAUAUCCAUGUUAAUCAUCAUCAUGGGAUUGAUCCUUCAGAGCCAGAUACGUUAUUGUUAGUAACUAAAAGUAAAGUACCAUUGCGAUGGAACAACUCAAACGGAUAAAGGGAGUGAGGGGCCGUCUCAAAUCCAGCCUCACCAAACUGCUAUACACAGCAGAAAACUCUUCCGCAUCAAUCGGCGUUGACGUGGAGGUACUGCUAGUCAGGCCCGACAAAGUUUGGAAUGAUUUCGAACUUGCCGGAGAUGAUCUGAGCGUGCUUGACGUCGAGGGCUGGGUUGAUCCUGCGGAUGACUACGGCAUGUAUGAGGCGAAGUACCUAAAAGCCCGUGCGCUUUUAUUUUCCCUCAAGCGCUCACAGGAGCCGACAACACCAACAACAAAGAGACAUGCAAAAGGAGACUCAAUAGCUAACAACGACGCUAUUUCUCGCUUAGUGCAGCAACAACAAGAGUUCUUCGAACGCCUCGAAGCGACUUUAACACCAACCCAGGCUGAAGCCGCGGCUCCAGUAAGGGAGACAGAAUUACCGAAAAUUCACAUAAAACCGUUUGGUGGCUUUUACAAGAUGAGGCUGCAAGUUUGGUACGCCACUUGCCGAUUUCUGAGACCGCAUAUGACAACGCUUGGGAGCGCCUCAAUGCGAGAUACGAUCGAGCACGUCAAAUUAUUCACAACCUGUUGGACAUCUUUAUGGAGCUACCAUCGACUAACAAUAGGGAGGUAUCCAUAUUGCGUAGCGUAUCAGAUGGUGCAAAUGAGGUCAUCCGUGCAUUGGACUCCAUUGGCCAUAUGGACCGAUACAGCUGGGUUAUCCAUUUAUUGCUGAAUAAAAUCGAUCCAGAGUCACGCCGAAAAUGGGUAGAUGCAAGCCGUGCUUUAAGGGGGGUUAGGGUUUUAAAAUUUUUUUUUUUCGAUUUUUUUUUUUUUUUUAUUUUCUUAUUAAAGAACCUUUCAAGAAUACUGUGUCCAAAUUUUAUCAUGGGCAACCAUUUUAGCAACCCCACCUCCGAGCCAGGCCAACGGAGAGAAAAACUUCAAAGCGUUUUUCCCAAAACUCACUUUUUCA